UUUGACCCGCUUAAUUCAUUUUAACCCAUCCAAAAAUGUAUCUAAUGUAAUAAAAUGCUUAUGAUUUUGAAUUUUCAAAUGUAAAUGUAGAAAUCACAUACCAAGAAGGAAAGUAACAGAGUUAAAUUGGAUUGGGAUGGAAGGAACAUGGUAUAAAGUCACAGCAAAUAAUAUCGGUGCACACAUACAGUUUUGAGAAGCGCGCUCAGAAUUAAAGCUAUAUUUGCUUAACUGAAGCUGUUUCUGCUGAAUUGAAGAACAGAAGCUGCUUUUGGCGAACUGAAGCUGUUUUCUUUCAUGGAAUUGGAGCUGGUUUUGGCAAAUCCAAAUCAAGUAGGCCGUUCAUGUUGAAUCUGUCCCGCUCAUUUGCCAGCUCUAGUCUGCAUGGUAUAUUUCCCUUUUAUUUGUAUCCAUUGCUAAAUAGCCUAACUCCAACAGUCUUCACUGUCCCUGUCACCGUGAAAUAGCUCACCAGCGGCCCCGUUGAACGGCGAACAACGACGUUGUAUGGCAAAUCCUCUGUUUCGAGGUUUUCGAAGACUUCUCUUACUUUCACUUCACAAGCCUCUGUCCUCUUCCUCUUCCUGUUACAAGCCAAUUCUUGGAAACCCAGAAAGCUUUUUGCACUUGUCAAGGUUAGUGCCUCAGAAUAGCUUAAUCCCACAAAACCCAUGUUGGGAAUUGAGGAACUUUAGCCAUGGAAGUGUGAAUUUUGUUAUAACAAGAGAUGGGAAACCCAAGUUUGAGACACAUGAAGUGGAGGCACCAAAGAAGGAGAAAUGGAAGACAAAGAAGAGGCUGAAGCUGCAAAGGAAGAGAGAGAAGAAGAAGAGAAAUGCUGCAAAUAAGAGAGAUCCAAGAAGGCUUGGUGUUAAGGGGAAGAAGAAGAAGCAGAAGUUUGACACUCCUGAAGAAAGAAUUAAGCAGAAGAUUGAAAAUGCAAAAGUCAAAGAAGCCAUGCUAAUUGAGAGACUAAAGCGAUAUGAGGUUUCCAAAGUUCAAGGUCCUAAGGUUAAGCCACACUUUCUCACUGGUGAAGAACGAUUCUAUAUUAAAAGGAUGGCGCAGAAAAAGUCUAAUUAUGUGCCAAUUGGCAGAAGGGGAGUCUUUGGAGGUGUUAUUCUUAAUAUGCAUCUACACUGGAAAAAACAUGAAACUGUCAAAGUCAUAUGCAAACCCUGCAAACCUGGUCAAAUCCAAGAAUAUGCCGAUGAAAUUGCAAGACUGAGUGGUGGGGUCCCAAUUCAGAUAAUGGCAGAUGAUACAAUAGUUUUUUACAGAGGAAGGGAUUAUGUGCAGCCCGAAGUUAUGUCUCCUAUUGAUACACUAUCGAAGAAGAGGGCGUUGGAAAAAUCCAAAUAUGAGCAAUCGCUAGAGUCUGUGAGACGUUUCAUUGCCAUUGCUGAGAAGGAACUUGAACUCUACUACAGACAUGUUGCCCUAUAUGGUGACCCAAAUAAUCGGAGUGCUCACUCUAUCCUUGAUGAUUCAAGAAGCACAAGAGAAAAACGAAAUGCCGAGAUAGGAGAGGAGAACGAUUCAGCAAGCGAAUCUAAUCCGUCGGAUCUCGAGUUGUCAGAAAUUGAUGAUGAUUGUUCUGAUGAAAACCAGUCUUUUAAGUGAAUUUGGAUUUUUUGGGGGGGAGGGGAGACUAGUAAUAUUACUCCGGUAGCAUAUAGGGAACUACUAGUGGAUAAUCCAAAGUUAAUCCUGGUAGUCAAGAAUUUCUUGGAUUUGAAGAUGGAAACGUGAAAUAAUGCGGUUUUUAUUCUUGCUCUGAUAAUUGAGGGAUCAAAAUAGAAUUGGAUUUUUCAACUCCAAA